AUGAAUUCAGUGCCUGGAAGUGCUGUGGUUUCACAAGAAAAACCGUCUUCUAGUUUGGCUUCGGUUCCGGCCACAUCUCAUCAUCCAGUGGUCAAAAAUGAAACUGUGAACACUCUGUCAGAAGCAGGUUCAGAUGAUAAGGAAGCUGAUACAGAACUGGAUCAGGAUUCGGAGCACGCUGGUAGCUCUGGUUUGGUACCGAUUCCAAAGAAAUCGAGGCUCAUUAAGACUGAUAGACCAAGACCUUUCUUAUGUCCUAUUUGUACCAGGGGGUUCGCUAGACAAGAACAUCUAAGAAGACAUGAAAGGUCCCAUACCAACGAGAAGCCCUUCUUAUGCGCUUUCUGUGGUAGGUGUUUUGCAAGAAGAGAUUUGGUACUUAGACACCAGCAGAAGUUGCAUGCUUCGUUGAUGGAUCAGGACAAAGAUGCAGAUAUCGUUUCUGCUUCAAAGGAUUUAAAAGUUCAUUACUCUGCUCGUCAUAUCAUCAAGAAACCAGGGAACAAGGAAACAGUGCUGCCGACACCAGAUUUAAUACUGACAUCGAUACAAGGACAGUCUCAGUCCAAGCCGCAGUCUCAGUCUCAAUCUCCGCGCUCUCACUCAAAUUCGUUUAAGACUGAGGGAAGACCCGCAUCAUCGGUAGAUAUAGACAAACCUUCUCAUCAUCCAUCGGUUCCGCCUCAGGAUUCUAAACCAUCGGAACAUGGAGUCGCAUCGAACCAACCAAAGAAAAGGAAAAGACACGCCUCGUUCUCCGCUUCGACAAAUGUCUCAUACACGCAGAAAAAGGAUGUCCCACAGAUUAUCAAAGACGAACUGAACGAUAUCCCCCAUCAGGUUGGCUUCUCGACACCUCAACUUACAGCUCAGGAGCUAUUCGAUAAAGCACUGGAAUCUGGAUUGGAUCUUGAUAUGAUGCUAGCUCCAGAAUUCAUGCUAUCCGAACCGAGUGUACCGAUAAAUACCAACCCAGCCUCUGCAUCUCAACAACUGCAACAGCUGCGGCAGCAACAACAUCAGCAACUUCAACAUCAGCAGCAUCAGCAGCAUCAGCAACAUCAACAUCAACACUGCCAACAUGAAGGGAACUAUGGAGUACGCCAUUCGCAACUUGCGGCUCACCCCGCAAACGCUAGCUCUGCACCAGAGGACGGAAAUAUGAGAAUAGAUCUGGGACAAGUUUCCAAAGAUCUGCAUAGCAAGCAUCAGUUUCCUGCCGGUUUAACUCCACUAAUCUCUGAUCUUUUGACUAUGAGAUCCGCUACUGCCGGUGUUGGUGGGUUUGUUGACCUCAACGUUGAGCAAAAUUUGGAUUAUUUCAACUACAAGGGCAAUUCCGAUGAUCAACAUAAUUCAGCACAAUCGACCCAUAAUGGUGCCAUGCAACGCCGUGUCCCAAGUGUUAGCACCGGUGAAAAACGCUUUAGGACAUCCUCCAAUAUCCCUCAACACCAUGGCAACGUGCCAUCCUUGGUACCGACCACAAUUGGUGCACCCAAAAAUGAUGUGCAUAUAUCAGACAACCAUACUUCAGAGUUGAUUCAUGAAUUCAUAAACAACAUGAGUCCACAAAACCCACCCGGCGCUGUUAACAACCAUGUUCAGCGCUCUGUCGGUAAUACACCCCAGCUGCACCAGCAGCAAGUGGUCACCAGCUCUACUGGCAUGCCUGAGGAACAACAGCAGCUUUAUAGCCCGCAUGACGAACAUUGGCUUUCAGAAUUCAUCAACACCCAAAUUGAUGGUAAUUUUAAGGUCAACAUGACAAGUUUCAAUGAAAUUGGGUUCCCUGCAACCUCGUCGUCUUACAUGAACUCCCUAUCUAAUAGUCCAAUGGUUAAACAUAACUCUUCGAGCACUUUGGGUUCGCAACGAAAUCAGUUACCAGAUCAGCAGCUGCAACAAGCAUUAUCAAAGUCCAGCUAUUCAGCUGCAUCUGCCGCUGUAUCUCAAGAAAUGUCUACAUCUGCAUCAAUAAACCAGCCUCCAUCGCAAACUGGCACUCCUCAGGAUAUAUCCUCACUCUUCAAAUCUAGGCAAGUGGACUUAUUCAAAAAAAUAAUGGACAGUAAUGGUAUAUCAACUCCAGGACUUUCACCAAAUUCUUUGUGCAAUGGCUCCAAACCGCGGAAAGGCAGCCGACUUGUCUUCUUCGAUGAACCAUUGCGUCAAAAAAUUCUAUCAGAGAAUAAUUUACUAUCAACCCAAUUUCCUACUUUAUCGGAAUUGAACACUUACGCGAAUUUGUACCAAGAUGAAUUUCACAAAUACUUCCCCUUCAUUCAUUUACACAGUAUUAAGCCUUCGAUGGAAAUAUAUCCUCUACUUUUAUCGAUAUGUGUAAUCGGUGCAUUAUAUGGAUUCCAUUCUUCUCAUGCAAUGCUUCUCUUCAACAUUUCAAGAUUCCACAUCAGAGAAUAUCUAGAAAGAACAAAGGAUCAUCAUCAUGAAACACCACUUUGGAUUAUUCAAUCUAUGGUUCUUUUGAUCUUCUUGGGGAUUUUUAAUAAUGAUAUGACCAUCACACAAACUAUGAACACCCAAAUCAUGUCGUUAAUCGAGUUAGUGAAGUUGAAACAGUUAAAUUUACCACUUGAAAAUAUAAUGCCACUUCCAAUCGAGAGUGACCACUUAAUGGAGUAUCAAGACUACCCAGAAUUACAAGAACAAAUACGGAAACAGUAUAGAACUAAAGAACAAAUGGAAAAGAAUUUCCAAUACUUUAUCAAAGCACAAUCUAGAAUUAGAACGUGCCAUACCAUUUUAUUAAUUUCGAACCUUUUCACUUCUUUGGUUGGUUUAGACUGCUGUUUCCAUUCAAUUGAUUUGAAAUGCGGUAUUCCUUGCUACAACGAACAGUUAUACUUCUGUGAAAAUUCAGCUGAAUGGACAGAACUGUUAGUAAAUGAUCAUAUUGAAUUGGACUCGAAAUUCUCUCUAAUUCAAUUGUCAAAUGGUAAUGAGACCUACAAGAACUGUUUGAUAUAUUUAACCAAUGGACAUCAAUUUUUCUAUGACAAUAAAAAAGUGUCAUUCAAAACUCUUUUGUCUCUUCUAAUAUCCAUUCACGAAAAGAUCUUCCUUGAAAGAUACAGCUUGAAAAGAGAAACCAAUGUUCAACUUUUAGAAAUGAAGUGGAGAAUGACUUCCCGUCCUAUCAUUGAAUCUCUUAUAAAGUUCUGGGAAGCCCUAUAUUUGAAGAAUGGUGGUAUAUUGCAGCCAAAUGAAAAUAACAUUCAGCUCAUUAACAACAAUCCAGCUCUCCGUUUAAUAAUUCCUCUACAUUCUUUUGCAAAAAUGAGGAAGUGUAUUAGUCUUACAUCUGUUAUGAAUAAGAUCUGGUUGAAAGACUGGCAGGCUAUGAACCUUGAUCUCGAGAAUUCGUAUUUAGACUGGGAGUCCUUGAGGGAAGCGACAGAUUACGGCUUGAACAUUGUCAAAUUUUGGAUUGAUACUGUCGCCAUUGUGAAAAACGCGGAGAAAACCUCCAUAAGAACUCCAAUCUUCUCAAUAACAUGUGUCUUUUCUGCAAUUCUCACCAUUGCUGAAUUUUUGAAGAGAAUGGAGAGAAAGGCUUUGAGCUGGAAACAUAAUCAACUGCGUAGAACUUCAAGUUCAACGACUUCGUUCAUGAACUAUGUUGACAGAACUAUUUGGCUAAAAUCUGAAAUGAUUUUAAAGAAGGUGGAGACGCAUCUUCUACCAAAAGGCUACAACAUGCAAUCAUAUGCCGAAUUUUUGAGAUUACAGGCAAACGGUGCUCUAGACGUUGAAGUACUAGAUGAUGAACUCGCGAAGCGUGCAAUGGAUCCAAACACAGAUAUAAAUGAAACGAUGCAAGUUGUUCAACAAGCUCGUCUUUCAUCAAGAUCCCUAUACCUAGGUGUCAGAAUUCUGGGUGACGCCCCCAUCUGGCCAAUCGCUUUAUUAUUCGCGCACGCUCUACAAGCGAGAGCUAUAUACAACGUUUCACAUACUUCACGUUACGAAUUAUGA